AUGUCGUCCGAAUGUCCUGGGAAGAACUCUUGGCCGGAGCUUGUAGGAACAAAGGGAGAGGAUGCAGCUUCGGUGAUAGAAAGAGAGAACUCGAACGUGAAUGCGAUCGUCAUUUUGGAUGGAACUCCGGUGAUUCAAGACUUCAGGUGCGACCGGGUAUGGGUUAGGGUCAAUAGAUACGGUAUCGUCGCCAAAGUCCCUAACGCCGGCUAG